UUUCUCAACUUGGUGGCCUUUUUAUCCACUGCUUGCACGGAGACGCUGCACCAUGGUCGUCAUUCCGCUGCGUUCGUGGGUCUACCGCCUCCAGUCAGACCUAGGCAAGACAGUGUCAACGUCGGCGCGCUCGACCGCCAGCCAUCGCUCCGACAAGAACGCCAACGAGAAGAGCACAUCGUACGUGGCGCUGACGCGCAUUCUCUCCAACCUCGUCGCCGGCGCCCUCGUCUUCCUCUCGGUUGCGACGCUCAUCGCGCUUCUGUCCCAGGUACACAAUACCCUCCUGCUUCUGUGA